AUGUAUUUUAUCAGCCUGACGCUGCAAGAUGCCGAACGACGUUACCAGCUGUUGGAAAAGGUGGCCUUAGGGCUCAUCUAUGCCGCCCAAUGGUUAAGACAGUACUUCCAAAGCCACAAGAUAAUUGUCCGAACCGACUGCCCGGUUGCAAAGGUCCUCCGGAAACCAGAGAUCGUCGGUCGGAUGAUGGCAUGGUCGGUCGAGCUCUCAGAAUUUGACAUAUCUUUCGAGCCGAGAGGCCCGAUCAAGUCGCAACAUUUGGCUGAUUUCGUCAACGAGCUCACUUCUUCGGGAUGUUUUGAAGACGAGCCGUGGACCAUGCAUGUUGAUGGAUCCUCUAAUGCCCAAGGUAGCAGCGCCGGAGUAAUCCUUACUAGCCCCUCAAGGAUCACAGUCGAGCAAUCCCUUCGGUUUGGCUUCCGUGCAUCCAACAAUCAGGCAGAGUACGAAGCCUUGAUAGCCGGAAUGAGAUUAGCAACCGAGAUGGGCGUCAAGAAAAUCACAUGCUGGACCGACUCUAAAAUCGUGGCCGAACAGGUCAAUGAUAACUUUCAGGUUAAAGACUCCAAUUUGUUGCAAUACUAUCACCUCUUCCAAAAGCUCAAGAGCGAUUUCACCGAGGUACAGAUACGACACGUCUUGUGUAGCAACAAUGAACGAGCCGAUCAGCUAGCUCGGCUCGCCAGCAGCCGAAAGCCAAGACAUUUGCGUACAACCAUUCACCUUGAGAUUCCUUCCCCAAGUGUGACGGUUGAGUGUAUGGCAACCGGUACUGAGGCGCUGACCUGGAUGACAGCCAUCCGGAGCUUUAUUGUCCGAGGGGAGUUGCCAACCGACCCGAUGGAAGCAAAGAAGUUACGAACACAAGCGGCUCGGUACUCCAUGGUGGCCGAUGAGCUCUACAGGCGGGGAUUCUCCACCCCGCUGCUCAAAUGUAUCGACAAUCACCAAGCUGACUACGUAAUAAGGGAAAUACACGAAGGUAUCUGCAGCUCCCACUCAGGGGGACGAACUCUGGCAGCCAAAGUCUUGCGUGUCGGUUACUAUUGGCCAACUCUGAAAGGAGAUUGCGCCGAGUUCGUUAAAAAGUGUGUGCAAUGUCAAAAGCAUGGAAACCUCAUCCACGCUUCGGCUGCAGAGUUGCACAGUAUCAGCUCCCCAUGGCCGUUUUCUUUAUGGGGUAUAGACGUGCUCGGACCGUUCCCUGUAGCAAAGGGGCAAGUUAAAUUCCUUCUCGUUGCGGUGGAUUACUUUAAAAAAUGGAUAGAAGCCGAAUCGCUCGCCUGCAUCUCCGCUGCCAACGUACAUAAGUUUGUUUGGAAAAGUCUGGUUACCCACUUCGGCAUCCCGUACGCCAUUGUUUCGGACAAUGGCCUUCAAUUCACCGACAAGAAAUUCAACAUUUUCCUCGAAAACCUCAGCAUUCGGCAUCGGUUCACAUCAGUCGAGCACCCUCAGUCAAACGGGCAGGCCAAAGCAGCCAAUAAGGUUAUACUCAUUAAGCUCAAGAAGAGACUCGGCUCGGCCAAAGGAGCAUGA